AAAGCUUGUGAUGCCCUAAACAGGGUGAAACACCAUGGCACAAAGAGAGAAGAUGAAGGAAGAAGCUGUGAAACGCGAAAAGCUCGAGCUGGACGAUUCGAACCCGGAUGUGACGGAGGUGUGUCGGACGUCUAUGGCGGAUUUAAGAAAACGAGUCGAUUUGAUUCCUUCGUAAAGUGGGUUUUCUCAGAGGAAAAGAAAAUUAAUUUGGAAAAAAAGGUAAAGUUAUAAAAUUACGAUAAUGACCCUCCCGUUUCGAGCCGUUCCUUCCAACUACGAGAUAUAACCGUCGAGUCAAAACACGGAUUGACUACUAAAACGUCGUCGUAUUCAUUUUACGAAACCGCGUUAUAUUACUUUCAAAUUUUGACUUAUCGGCCCAUGAUUGAAUAGACAGGCCCAAGGUCAAGAUUUGUAUGGAAAACGAAAAAAUGGAAAUUAAAAAGAUUAAAAAUA